AUGCCACAUCAGUGCCCAUCUGAGCUGCCUUUCAGUGCCACCUGUCAGUGCCAGUCAGUGCCACCUAUCAAUGCCAAUCAGUGCCACCUAUCAGUGCUGCCAACCAGAGCCACAUAUCAGUGCCAGUCAGUGAUUGCCAGUCAGUGCCACCUAUCAGUGCCAGUCAGUGCUACCUAUCAGUGCCAGUCAGUGCUGCCUAUCAGUGCCAUAUAUGAGUGCUGCCUUUCAGUGCCCAUCAGUGAUGCCUGUCAAUGCCCAUCAGUGCCACCUAUCAGUGCUGCCUAUUAGUGCUCAUCACUGCAGCCUCAUUUGCGCACAUCAGUGAAGGAGAAAAAUCACUUAUUUACAAAAUUUUAUAACACAAAAGAAAAACAUUUUUUUUUUUCAAAAAAUUUCAGUUGUUUUUGGUUUGUUUA